GGCAUGGCUGACGUCACCGGCUGUGUGGAGGAGUAUAGGCUGUGCUGUCAGCCCAGUGUCAGUCUGAUGAAGAUUGGCAUGCAGGCUUUGUGUGGAGAGUUGGAUACCGGGCAACGGAGCAGACAACAACACUGAAAGCUGCUGCGUUGCUGUGGGCAAGCUAACUUCUCAAUGUGAAGCUAUCCCAUGAUGCAACAUGUGUCCCCAGCACCUGCAGUGACAAUGAUGGCCACCCAGAGUGUUCCUCCACCAUCGUACCAGGAGAGCCAACAGAUGACGGGCACCACUCAGCAGAACACCAAGACCCCACAGGUCCAUAUCCCAGCAGCCACUGCAGCAGGAAAUACCUCUGUCAGUGUGACCCUUGACCCUCAGGCCCAGCUUGAGUCUGACAAGAGGGCUGUUUACAGACAUCCGCUGUUCCCCCUGCUGGCGUUGUUAUUUGAGAAAUGUGAGCAGGCCACACAGGGAUCUGAAUGCAUCACGUCAGCCAGCUUUGAUGUGGACAUAGAAAACUUUGUGCACCAGCAGGAGCGAGAACACAAGCCCUUCUUCAGUGAAGAUCCGGAGCUGGACAACUUGAUGGUAAAGGCCAUUCAGGUGCUGAGAAUCCACCUAUUGGAAUUAGAGAAGGUCAAUGAGCUCUGUAAGGAUUUCUGCAACCGUUACAUCACCUGCCUGAAGACCAAGAUGCACAGCGACAACCUCCUCCGUAAUGACCUGGGAGGACCCUAUUCUCCAACACACACCAGUCUCAGCAUGCAGCAGGAACUAAUUCAGACCUCCUCUCCAUCCAUGACCUCUGUCUCCAGCUCCGUUAACCCUUCAGGGAUUGUGGUGCCCGCAGGGGGUCUGCAACAGGGCAAUGUCGCCAUGACUACCAUCAACUCUCAAGUGGUUUCGGGUGGGACCCUGUACCAGCCGGUUGCCAUGGUGACAUCACAAGGGCAAGUGUUAACGCAGGCGCUGCCGCCGGGAACCAUCCAGAUCCAGAACUCACAGGUAAACGUGGACCUGUCGUCCCUGUUGGACAGCGAAGACAAAAAGUCCAAGAAUAAGAGGGGGGUCCUGCCCAAACACGCCACCAACAUCAUGCGGUCCUGGCUCUUCCAGCAUCUCAUGCACCCGUACCCAACAGAAGAUGAGAAAAGGCAGAUCGCUGCACAAACGAGUCUAACCCUUUUGCAAGUGAACAACUGGUUCAUCAACGCUCGUCGGCGUAUCCUCCAGCCUAUGCUUGAUGCCAGUAACCCAGACCCAGCUCCCAAAGCGAAGAAGAUGAAGUCCCAGCACCGUCCCACACAGCGCUUCUGGCCUGACUCCAUCGUGGCUGGAGUUCUGCAGACGCACAGAUCUCAAACAGGAAACAACUCAGACAACCCGCUGAGUAUGGACAGCCUCCAGUCGCUGUCCUCAGACUCAGCCACCCUGGCCAUGCAGCAAGCCAUGCUGGGAGCCGACGACUCCAUGGACGGCACCGAGGAGGAUGACGAAGAGGAGGAGGAGGAGGAAGAGGAGGAGGGCAUGGAGGAGGAAGAAGAGGAGGAGGACGGGGAGGAGGAAGGCGACCGAGGGAGGCAAAUGUCCAGCGGAGGAGGAGGAGGAAGGAGAGAUCUGAGCAUGGAGCACAGAGAGGAACUAGAGUAGUCAAAUAAGGGAAAAGACUAUAUUAUAUGAACUUUGACCACAGUUGUCCACUUAAUGCAGCCUCAUUCAAACUCAAACUAGGACAGCUCUAAUGCUAAGUGACUCUUGAGAGCAUUUAAGGACGUAUUAGGUUUUCUCCACAUUCAUCAGAGACUCUUCUGCAGAGCCUAAUCAGACGCAAUGACCAUCAUGAUCAUGAUUAUAGAGAAUGAAUAUUAGUUUAAUGCUGAAUAUGUGUUGUUUCAAUCUACGACAGUAUGUUCUCAUUCAGUGAGCUCCAGAAAUAUUUGGAUGGUAGCACUUUUUUUUUUUACUCUAUGGCUCCAGUUAUUUAUGGAGAGAAAUGGCACAGAAACUAAAAGGUUGGAAAGAUCACUGUUAGUUUUAAACUGAAGACAUUUUUUUUACCCAUUUUUACUGUCACAGUUAAAAGGUUUGAUGCUUUCAGAGAGCCAUGACAUUCAGGAUAGAGUGAACUGAAGAGAAUGAAGAGUCUGGAGCAGCUGCACGUGCAUCAAAAACAAAAAAACAACAACAAAAAAAAAACUGCACAGUGAGAAUUGUUGACUUUAUACGUAAACAACUACUUAUUUGAAUGUAAUCUCUGCAAAAUGUUUCGGCACCGUGAAAUUAGUGACAAAAAGGGCUGCAGGAUUUUUUUGUUUUGUUUUGUUUUUAAACUUUUCAUUUCACAAAACUGAAAGUACUAACUUUUCAACAGUCAUCAGUUCAACUUUGCAGUUAAUGUGUCAUUUCACUUCCUAAAAUAAAAGUGAGGCGCAAAAAGAAAUUUAAAAAAGUGUAGUGCUGUGCAAAUAUCUGCAGAAGUGACUGUAUAUGUUUGUUUCCAUCACUGGGACAUCAUUCACGCCUUUUAACAGACUCAUAGGUUCUCAGGUCGAACAACACUUUCAUUCGAUGUGUUUCUUCCUCACGAGGGUAACACUCGACUCAUUGCUGCAGCGAAUCCUUUGGAGCAUGACUUUUGAAACAAUCUUUAUUUUUUCUUCUACCAUGAGCAAAAAAAAAAAAAAAAAGAAAGAAAAAGAAAAAAAGAAAAACAUGAAAAAAAUGAACCUGUAGUAAACCAGUGUAUACUGACUGCACAUAUAGUAUGUAUAUUGGAUUUUCCAUAUGUUUGCAUUCUGGUGUUGAAGGUUUGCAUAUUUAUUCUGUUUUUUUUCUUUUUCUGUUUUUUUUUGUUUUGGUUUUUUUUGUUGUUUUCGCGUGGCCUCAGAGGGUAACUAAAGGAACAACACGACAAUGACAGUUGCUUCUGCGUACACUGCAAACUUCCUGAAUAAGGCUGUUGAAAGAGCUGUGGCCAUACACAUACUUGACUUCAACCAUCAACUCUUAGAAUUGCUUGUGUAUUUCUGUGACCUGGGGUGAUUCUGUCACAAAAUAAGAGCAUGACAAGCCCCGCCGGUCACCACAUACCGUCUCACCCGUGUCUCAGCAUCUAGAGAAAUCACGCAGAGAUGGCAGAUGACUUUGGAAUCCCUGACCGAACAGAGCUGGUGUCGCUCACUGACGAACUUUUUCAAGGAAGGAGACGAUUUUGAGGUAAACGAGAAAGAGAAACAAAAAAACUCAGCAGUAACUCUUUCAAUUUUAUGUGAAGGAUUUUGAAAAAACUGUGAAACAAUUUCAGCUCUCUGUUUUGUACUAAAAACUUGGAGUCACUUGUUUCUAAUGUGACGAUGUCUAGGAAAAGAAAAAAAAACAUGUUAUAUUGAAUGUUCUGAUUGUUCAUUGUGAAGUAUGUUGCUCAUUAAUGUUCUUUUUUCAUGAUUGCUUUUUUAAAUGGAUCUUCCAGAGCAAGUGACAGACAAUAGGAAAUAUUUCUAUUUCAUUUGUACACUUUGUUGUCAUAAUCUAUUGUGUUUCAAUAGACCAAUUUUAAUAAUUAAACAUGUAAAGGUACUGAUUUUGACUUGGUGAUCUGAAAGUUCUGCACACGUUCAGGCUGAGCAAACAACCAGGGCCAUAAAUUCACAAAGAGAGAGGAGGCAGUUUGAGUCCUGAGAGUAUUUAGAGAAGAAAGCACUAAGCAGAACAGAACGCAAGACAGUUAACAUGAGCAUCUUUGUCUGCUACAUGUAUCUGAGCCAGUGUCUCAAAAGAGCAACACUUAUGUGUGUGUAUGUGUGACUGUGUGUGUGUGUGUGUGUGUGUGUGUGUGUGUGUGUGUGUGUGUGUGUGUGUGUGUGUGUGUGUGUGUGUGUGUGUGUGAGAGAGAGAGACACUUGUGAACCCUCUCAGGCCCUGCUUUAUUGUAACAUGUUUCCAGAUUACAGAGUAAGGAGUCUAAAUAUUGGUUUAACAUCCCACAUGUUCCUGUCACAUGGGCAGACUCCCACCCACUGGUUAUCUCUCCGUCCUGUGAUUUAAACUCGUCAGAAGAUGCCCACCCAAACGCUCUCCCACCUUUUCAGCCGACUACCACAAUAGAACCCAGCAGAGCUUUUGACCACAGGGUUUCAGCUUUUGAGAUGUGGAUUCUGCUUCCUCAGAAUAAAUGUUAAUCACUGCUGUGGGUGUUUGCUGCGCAAGCCACAUUGUAUUGUUUUUUUUUUUUUGUUCUUUUGUUUUUUUUACUUGGCUUGUACGCUUGUGUAUAAUUGCAUCCUUGCAUUGUUUUCU